CCGGAUUGGCGGUCGGAUGAUCCUGUUGGACCCUCAGUGGAGAGGAUCUCCCGAUUAUUUUUUAUAUACAGAUUGCGCGCAUACACAGAAAAGACCCUUUUAAAAUGUGUCUAGCGGGAAUUUUCUGAUCCACUCGCCACAGGUGACCUGUAGCUGGUUGGACAGAGGGAGGAGAGGAGAACAAAUGGAAAGAGAGCAAAGAGAAAGUGGAUGAGAGGGUCUACAGAACCUUUCACAAUGAUAGUCCCUUCCUCUGCUGGUCUUUGAUUGAAAAAGAAUAACAAGGGCUUUGCCUGAAAAGGGCCAAAAGAGUUUUAACUUCACUUCAUUAUUUUGGCCUGUCAUGUGUCUUCUCCUUUUUGUCUCAGUAAAAGAAGUCAGGACUGUACUCUGAACAGAGAAAACCCUCCUCUCUCAUUCCUUCCUACAUAAGUCUUUCUGCCACUUAUUACCUAAAAACACUCUUUUUGCCAUGGAGAAGACAUACUCACUAACUGCUCACUAUGAUGAGUUCCAGGAAGUGAAAUAUGGUGGUCGCUACAGUAGCGACAUCCUCAGCAAUGGCAUGACCCUUCACCUGGGGGGCAGUCUGGAUCGUCAUAUGGGACGGGGUCGGGGAGGGACGUGGUCAAACAAUCGAAACAAAGAUCUGAGCAGUACCAGCAGCAGUGGUGGCCUUCCUCGAUGGAGCCGGAGAGAGAUCUGCCUCCUCUCUGCACUGGUUUUUGCUGCAGGCAUGUGCGUCAUCCUGGGAAGCAUGCUGGCACUCAAGUACAUUUCUCUGGACGCCCAGCAGGACCCACACUGCAGACAGGACUGCCAACGCAAACGCUCCCUUCUGCGGGCGGCUCGCUUCGUUCAGGCCAAUAUUGACCCAACCAUCCAGCCUUGCCAGGACUUCUAUUCCUUCGCCUGCGGCGGCUGGCUGAGGCGCCACGGCAUCCCUGAGGACAAGCUUAGCUACGGUAUCAUCACUGCUAUAGGAGAGCACAAUGAGGAGAAACUGCAGCGCCUCCUGUUGGAGCCAAUUCGAAGGCAAGGACUUAACUCAGCCGAGCGCAAAGUCAAGGAGUUCUAUCGAUCCUGCGUUAACAUCCAAGAGAUUGACAAGCUAGGGUCAGGGCCCAUGACGGAAGUGCUUGACAGCUGUGGUGGGUGGGACAUGGCCAGAGCUCCUCCCGGUGCUGCAGGGUGGGAGAGUGAGGGCGCACCACAAAGGCCAGACUUCAAUGAGCUGCUGUACAGGACGCAGGGGGUGUACAGCACGGCCGUCUUUUUCUCCCUUACCGUCAACGUGGAUGAUAAAAACUCAUCCAGGAAUGCCAUCAGGAUUGACCAGGAGGGGCUGACGCUCCCAGAGAGGAGUCUGUACCUGGGACAGGAUGAGGACAGCAUGAAGAUCUUGGCGGCAUACAAGGCUCUGAUGGAGCGCCUGCUGAGCAUGCUGGGAGCUCACAAUGCAACGCAGAAGUCCAAGGAGAUUAUACAGCUGGAGACCCGCCUGGCCAAUAUCACUGUGUCAGAAUAUGAUGACCAAAGAAAAGAUAUCAGCACCAUGUAUAACCGCAUCACCCUCAGGCAACUACAGCGCAUUGCUCCGAGUCUCCACUGGAAACGCUUGCUGGACAGAAUUUUCCAUGACAACUUCUCAGAAGACGAAGAGAUCGUGGUGCUCGCCACCGAUUACAUACAGAAAGUCUCAGACAUCAUCAAGUACACCUCGAAGAGGGUUCUCCAUAACUACAUGCUGUGGCGCAUCGUGGCAGCACUGAGUGAGCACCUGUCCACCGCCUUCCGCAGCACCAUCCACGAGUUUUCUCGAGAGAUUGACGGCACUGAGCAGCAGCUGGAGCUGGGCCGGCUCUGCCUCACCCAGGCCAACAAACACUUUGGCAUGGCCCUGGGAGCCCUGUUUGUCCAGCAGCACUUCUCCUCACAAAGCAAAGCCAAGGUACAGGAACUGGUAGAGGACAUAAAACACUCUCUGGAUCUCAGACUACAUGAGUUGGACUGGAUGGAUGAAGCCACCAAAGAGGCUGCCAGAGCAAAGCUGAAGCACAUGAUGGUGAUGACAGGAUACCCAGACUUCCUGCUCAAACCCGAGCUCAUUGAUCAAGAAUAUGGGUUUGAUGUGAGUGAGAAGACCUACUUCAAGAACAUCCUCAACAGCAUCAAGUUCAACAUCAAGCUGUCUGUCAAGAAAAUCCAUGAAGAAGUGGACAAGACAGCGUGGCUUCUCCCCCCGCAGGCUCUUAAUGCUUACUACCUGCCAAACAAGAACCAAAUGGUCUUUCCUGCCGGCAUCCUACAGCCCACUCUCUACAACCCAGAGUUUCCACAGUCUUUGAACUACGGAGGAAUAGGAGCUAUCAUUGGACACGAGCUAACACAUGGAUAUGAUGACUGGGUGAUGCAAUGGUUCAUGUCCCUAGGGGGCCAGUAUGAUCGCCACGGCAACCUCAAACAGUGGUGGACUGAGGAGUCCUACAGAAAGUUUCAGAGGAAGGCAGAAUGCAUUGUCAAGCUCUACGAUAAUUUCACAGUGUACAACCAGAGGGUGAAUGGCCGUCUAACAUUGGGGGAAAACAUUGCAGAUAUGGGAGGACUGAAGCUAUCAUACUAUGCAUAUCAGAAGUGGGUGAGGGAACAUGGUCCAGAGAGGCCUCUGCCUGGCCUAAAAUACACCCAUGAACAGCUGCUCUUCAUCGCCUUCGCACAGAACUGGUGCAUGAAGAGAAGAUCUCAGUCCAUCUACCUGCAGCUGCUCACUGACAAGCAUGCGCCAGAACACUACAGGGUCAUUGGCAGCGUUUCCCAGUUUGACGAAUUUUCCAGAGUGUUCCACUGUCCAAAGGGUACCCCAAUGAACCCUGUGGACAAAUGUUCCGUUUGGUGACAUCUCUAUUGGCUCCCAUCCAAACACACCUUCUCCUUCUGCAUCAUAUGUUCUCCAGAGCCAACAGGAUGAUGAUGAUAAAGACCGUCCAAAUUAUCAACAUCAUCAUUAUAUAUAUUUAUAUAUUCAGUUGAACGUUAUACAGCUGCAGGUCCAAAACUGUUGGGAUUCUGUGUAAAAUGGAAAGUAACCAGAAUACAGUGAUUUGUAAAUCUCAUUAAUUAAUAUUUUAUUCAUGACCAAACAUAGAAAAUAAAUCAAAUGUUGAAAAUGAGACAUUUUACUAGAUUAAAAAUAUUAGUUGAAGUAGCUGACGUCCAUAUGUUUUACCAUGCAGCAUCAUAUCUUCUUUUAACAACAGUCUGUAAACAUCUGGAACUCUGGUGGAGUUUUUGGAGAGAAAUGUUUUCUCACUCUCACAGUCUAGUCUUCUUUGUGGUAUUUAGUGCUU